GGAAUGAAGAGCCAGUAGCGCCCCAAUAUACAGGUGGAUGGGAUGCGCCAGUAGCGCCGCAGUCUGCAGGUGGAUGGAAUGAAGAGCCAGUAGCGCCUCAGUCUGCAGGUGGAUGGGAUGAAGAGCCAGUAGCACCGCAGUCUGCAGGUGGAUGGGAUUAAACGUCAGUAACAACAGCUACAGGAAUGUGGGAUGAAAAUCCAGUAACGCCGGUUACAUCUUGGGAUAAUGUGGAAACAGUUUCUGGACAGAGUACAGAAAAGGAUGCUCAGAGUAGCACGAUUAUUGAGAAUAGCAAUACGAAAAAGAAAAAAAACAAAAAAAAGAAAAUUGCUUCUUUUGGCCGGUUCCUCCAGAAAAUAUCUUCAACUGUAACACUUUCAAUUACAGUCAUUUUAAAUUAUCGUUCUUAUUUGCGAAGAAUUUUGUCAACUAAUAAAAAAAAAAAUAAUGGGACUUUGGUACAAAUUAAAUUACCAAAUAUUUCACCUGAAAUUUUUCAAAUAAUUUUAAGGUAUAUUUAUGGCGGAGAACCAUCUUUGAAAAAUUAUGAUAAUUUAGAUAUCAUUAAAAUCAUGGUCGCUGCUAGUGAAUUGAACCUUCAGGAACUAGUUAUCUAUACACAAUCUUUUUUGAUUAAUUACAAAGCAGACUGGAUGGAACAAAAUUUUAGUUUGGUAUAUCAAACAAGUUUUGAAAAUGAUUCUUUCUUGGAGCUUCAAAAGUUUUGUACUGAUUUAAUGUCCAAAAACCCAGAUAAGAUAUUCAAGUCAUUAGAUUUCUUUUCAAUUCCAGAAAAAAUUUUGAUCUCACUUAUUCAAAUUGAUGAUCUUAAAAUGAAUGAAAUUAAAGUAUGGGAGAAUGUUCUUAAAUGGGGUCUUGCACAAAAUCCUGAGCUUUCUUCAGAUCCCUCUAAUUAUUCAAAAGAUGAUUUUAAUUCUUUAAAAAAUACUUUACAACAAUGUAUUCCUUUUAUACGAUUCUAUAAUUUAACUUCUAAAGAAUUUUCAGAUAAUAUUCUACCUUAUAAGGAAAUUCUACCAGAGGAAUUAUUUACGGAUUUAUUAAGAAACUUUUUAAAUUUACAUCCUGAUAGCAAGGUCAACCAUAAAUCAAAGCCCCGUAUAGCUAAAGAAGGGACACCAACUUCUACAACUAUUGAUGAUGAAAGAAAGAUUGAAAACUCAACCUUUUCAUGGGAUAAUAGAAAGCCCGUUUCAUUAGGUCACAUUGAUGAAUGGAGGACCAACCCAAAACCAAUUUCAUUGAAUGAAAGGCCCAACCCAUGGAAUCGUUCAUGGAGUAAGGUCGCAAAGUCCAACCCAAGGCCAACUUCAUCGGAUGAAAAGUCCAACCCAAGGCCAAUUUCAUCAAUUUUAUUGGAUGAUAACAGUUCAAGGAGCAGUUCAUGGAAUAAGAUCGNUCAUCAGAUGACUGGUCCAACCCAAUUUUAUUGGGUGAUAACAGUUCAAGGAGCAGUUCAUGGAGUAAGAUCGCAAAGUCCAACCCAGGUCCAAUUUCAUCAGAUGACUGGUCCAAACCAAAGUCCAUUUUAUUGGAUGAUAACAGUUCAAGGAGCAGUUCAUGGAGUAAGAAACUACUAUGCCUAAUGAAAAAGAAGCAGCAAGCAAUUUAUGUUCAAAGUAAUAAAAAUGAGUAGCUGAAUGCAACUAAUUCUUCAGGUCUCUCUGGAUCUCUUAUUAUAUUUGGAUAUAAUUUUUCUGGAAUCGUUUGUACGAGUUGGAGGUGCGAACUGAUGCAAAUCUUGAUUUCAAUUGAUAUCAUGUGAUUACGAACGAAAAAGUGAAUUUUGGAAAGUAUUUACUUUUUUUCUUUUUAGGGAUUCCUUGAAGUAUUUCAAUUUAUUUAAACCAUGCACUUUUCU